AAAUUGAAUUCAACUCUUGAACCGAGUGGUUGGUUGAUGGCAAUGGCUGGCCAAAUGACAACGCGUUGUUAACUUUAAAUUCAAGCUAGUGGGGCAGCAUGUUGUAUGAUUACAACAAUAAAUAAUAUAAAUAACAACAACAGCGGCAGAAAUAGUGUGUUGUUAAGUCUAGUCAUUGGAGCGAGUUACAAAAUAAAAACGCAACAAAAAAAAAGAACGACGAAGAAAAUAAUCAAAAAGAAAUAAGUGAAUAAAUAAAAUAACAACAGAAAAAGAAGAGAAAAAAUACCAAAAAAUAAAACAAGUUUUUUUCUUUGUCAGUUUUUUACGCAAAAAACGCUCAAGCAACGUCGUGUUAUUUCCAUGGUGCUUAGCUAAGUGAAAACGUGAAUUAUUCUUAAUUUUAUUUGUAUUCGAAGUGUGUCGGCUGGUUGUCGGUCUCGCUGUAUCAACAACGCGUUUGUCAUUUGUGGUGUUCAACAGUUUAAUUUUUUCCGGUAAAAUAUAAAUAAAUUAAUAAAGAAGCAAUAACAACAAAAGGAAAAAUGCACAUACAACGCUUUUCUCUGGGUCUCAUCGUUUUUCUGGCUGUGUUCUACACCAAACCUCCGCCAUCAGCGGCCUUGAUCGAAGAUGUUUUGGAUGUACUGCAUGUCGUCAAGGAAGUAACGACGGCCGUCUUAAAAGCCUGGGAUAUUGUUAAGAUAUCUACCUCCAAUUCUGAUAUUGAUUUCCCGCUAAUGCGAGAUAAACAAAAGAAAGUUCUCUCCCGUUUGAGAGAAGUCAGCAGUCAGAUUAUUAAGACCGAGGAUCAGCACGCCGAACAAAUUGCCCUAGCCAUAGAUUCGGUUAAUAAUUUCGUCGAAGGCAACAUACAAUUGCUUGCCAAACGCAAUGAAAUAUCGGAUACAAUGAAUCGUAUAUCGUCGCGAUUCCAACAAAUGCAAAAAUACGAAACCUAUCAGGAUAAAUUGGAAAUGGAUACUUUGGUGAAAUUUGCUGAAUGGACGGUGGCGCCCAAUGCCUAUUCGGUGCAUCAUUUAAUGGAUCGUCUACAUUUGAUGAUGUUCGGUACGGAUGAUAAAAAUCUUGGUGGCUCGUCGAGUUUUAAUAUUUUGGAUAUGAUGGCGAAUAGUUAUCAGGCUUCCAAAGAUGAAAGAUGUCUGAAUCAACAGUCAACACAACAAUUUCUGUAUUCACUGUAUACGGAUAUUGCCUUGACGGAGCUCAAGGGGUAUACAAUGAUGGAGUUUUCAUGGAUGAUUUUGCGGGUAUAUGGAAAAGGCAACUUCACCCAGGAAGCCGAAUUAAUGCGCAGCGAUUUUGAAAAACGCACAGAGAAAACGGUGCGCCUGCUACGUGAGGUUAUGAAUCGUGCCGAUCGCAUUGUGUGGCGUUGUGAUCCUGAGAAAUAUGUUCAAGGCCAGACAUAUGAUGAGGUGACACGUCUCCUCCAGGGUUAUAUUGAGAAUGAAGUUGAUAUGAAUUAUAAUCGUGAAUGUUGGCAAACAUGUGAAGAUUAUACGAGUACCAAGAAUGAGGGUUGUUUUAAGGAUAAAUUCUGUGCCCGUCAGGAACGUUGUACCGGCAAUAUACAUAGCUGUAGGCGUUUCGAUUCUGAUAUGAUGAUAUGUCCAUCGCCCCGUGACAGUCAUAAACGUUACGAUUUCAUUGAAUAUGAAAACGGUGUGACUUUGGGUAAAGUUGGCCAUUGUUCGAGAGGCAAGACACCGGUUGAUUCAUGGUGGCGUUAUCUGUUCUGGCAUUGUACCUAUUGCUUCUGUUUGUGCGAUGAUCAAUACAGCUCGAAAACGGAUCGUUAUUUCAAUUUGCGUGAAACCCUAGCCAAUGUCAAUGAAAAUAAGGUUCUAACGGGCUUACGUUUCGUCAAGGUAAAUCGUGUAUUCCAUUUACAAAUUCAAGAGGGUGAAUUAUUGCCACGUGGCAAAAUCAAUGCCACCACUUUGCAAUGGGUGCCGGUCGAUAAUUAUACCCUAAACGCCAGGAAUGUACGCAACAAUCGUGAUUAUUAUACACUCAGCUAUGGAGCACGUUCCAUUGAUUUGGAUGAUGUCCAUACCGAAGAUAAUAGUUUUGUGGUGACGGGAGUACGAUUCCGAGUUGUGGGAGCCCAUUUGAAUUUGGAGGCUCGCCUGAGUGAAUUUAAUUUUGAGACGGGGCAAUUGGUUAAUCCCAUGGAGAAUAGUUUUUGGAAAUCAAAUGAUAACACCGAUGUCAGUGGGGAUAGGAGGCAAAAAGUUGAGCUAAGCAAUCCCGAUGUUCCCACUCGAACAAAGGCUAAAUCCGUACCGGAUUCACGUCACAAUCAAUAUAUUGAAUUUACCGCAUCGGAUGUCUACAAGGAUGCCUCACAAUCAACGGUGCCCUUCAUCGAUACCCAGCAUGUGAUCUCCAUGCCGCCAGUACCCUUGGCCGGGGUUGGCAUCUAUCACAAGGGUCGUCCCGGCUAUGGUGGUUUUAUAGCACCCAAGCUAAUGACCUAUGAUUUUACUCCACACAUUCAAGCACCUCGUAGAACUUAAGAUGGACAUCUCACCACAAAAAGGAGAAAUCCCAACAAGAAAUAAGUUAUCUUUUCCGUUACCUUACCCCUCUCUCUCCCUCUUUCCUGCCUUUUCUGUCCCAUAUUGCAUUAUAAUUUUUUUCCUAUAACGCUUUGCGUUUUGUAUUUUUUAAGUUAAAAAAAUCUCAGAUAUAAAUAUAUUUUUAAAGACGAAAUCAAAAAUAUCUAAUGAAUUCGAAUAAUAAAUAAAUCAGCAUGAUGUGAAACAAA